CGGGAGCGGAAUAGGGAGAAACCCACGAAUCAGCGAGCGCCGCCGCGGCCGUGCCACGUCCCGGAAGUGCCGUGCAGAGAUCCUUUCUUAAAGGGACCGCGCUGCGCUGCGCCCCAUGGCGAAGGCCGGGCACGGCUGGAGCGGCGCGGCGGCGGAGCGGAGCGAGGCGGAGGAGGGCGAGGACCCGCUGGACGCCAGGAUCGCGCGGAGCGGCUGCCUGGAGCAGCACCGGCAGCUGCAGGAGUGCAUGGCGGAGCGACGGGACUGGCGGCACUGCCAGGAGCAGGUCCGCGCCUUCGGAGCCUGCAUGGCCCGGCGGCAGCAGCGGCAGCGUGGGCCCGGCCCGGCCCAGCUCCCAGACUGACAGCGCCCGGACAGACAGACCCUUUCCCGCUUUAUUUUUGUCCAAUCGUUUGGAAAACCGGGUGGAAUUGUUAGGAAAUUAAAUCUGCAGUUUGUCA